AUGAAACUUGGAAUUAUUGGCUGCGGUAACAUGUGCGAGUGCAUCCUUGCUGGACUUAUUUCGAGCAAGGAGUACGCCCCAGACUCCAUCUACGUCUUUAACCGAACUGCCACGACUGUCAAGCGUUUGUGUCAGCAGUAUGGGGUUCAGGCUGGCGAGGACGCGUUGGACGUGGCCAGGAAGUCGGAUAUCAUUAUGCUUGGAGUUAAGCCGUAUGCCACUUGCUCGGUGGCGGAGAUGAUACGGGACGUCGUGACGGAAGACAAAAUCGUCCUCUCCAUUGCGGCAGCCAUUACGAUUGCGUCAAUCGAAAAGGCAUUGGUGCAUCGUCGAAAGGUUGUGCGCGUGAUGCCGAAUGUCCCGGCGCGUGUGGGGGCCGGUGUCACAUCUGUCACACCAAACGCGGUGAUGACCCCCGGCGAUACGGAGCUGAUUCUGAAGAUGUUCCGCACGGUGGGGGUGGUGGCGCAGGUGGAGGAGUCGCAGAUCCACGCUGUGGUUGCCGUGGCCGGCUCAGCCCCCGCCUACGUCUUUAUGUUUAUGGAGGCGAUGGGUGACGCAGCCGUGCAUGGUGGCCUGUCACGGGACAAGGCAUACGCAUUUGCGGCGCAGACGGUGAUGGGAGCGGCGAAAAUGUUGCAGGAAGGUGGAGUGUCACCUGCACAGCUGAAAGACAUUGUAUGCUCGCCCGGUGGUACGACCAUCGAGGCGGUGCGGUGCCUUGAAAAGGGUGGUAUGCGUUCCGCCGUUAUUGAGGCCAUGCUCGCAUGUUCUGACCGCUCCAAAGAGUUGGAGGCCAAAUUGAACUAA